AUGGUGAAUCUCGUUUCCUUACACGACUCCUACGAUCCAUUCAAGCUCACAUUUACAAUGGAGUUCUGUACCAAAUGCCAGACCAUCAUAAGCAAAUUGUUCAUCAAGUCUCGUUAUCACCGUCUCGAGCUCCAAUCUCACGACCAGCCUUCGCGUCAGCUCGUGCAACAUCUGCAACUUGGACGGGACUACCGAGAGGUAUAUUCCAUCGAUGAAGGAUGCAAAUUGUGCACUUUCAUCAAACGAGGUCUUCCCGACGAAGCUGUAGCGCGAAGGGUAUCUGAAUCAUGGCGGCAUUCCCGGGCUGUGUCGCUCCGGGCAACAGGCGGAAAUGCACUUUGUCAUGCGUCAGACGACGGUGGCCUGCAAAUCUUUGAGAUCAAAGUGUCUAUUUGGACCGUUGAACUCAUACCAUCUGCAGAGUUUUAUUUUGAUUUCUCCGUAACGGCUGCAAAAGGUAGCUCUGCAGCUACUGCGGGUGAUGUGUUUGGCACAAAUCCACUCCUGCAGUUACCAGUGUCCGAUAUACUCGCGAAACUCACAGGAUGGUUCAAUGAGUGCGCCUCAUAUCAUGAUAAAUGCCGCCGGCAUACGGAUACAGGAAUCACUGAAGCCACCAAACCGGAACUACCCACUCGCGUUCUCGAUAUUCGCUCUAGUCAAGACGACGCCGUCAUACAUCUCAGAGCACCGCACGGCCUCAGAGCCAAUUACGCCGCACUUAGCCACUGCUGGGGCCCUCCUGCAAAGCAACCUCUUUGCACCACCAAGGUCACGCUGGACCAACAUCUCGCAGGGAUCCAGGUUUCACAUCUACCCAAAACGUUCCAGGACGCCGUUUCCAUAGCUCGCGCAGUAAAUCUCCAGUAUCUAUGGAUCGACAGCUUGUGCAUCAUUCAAGAUGAUCCGGAAGAUUGGAACAAAGAGGCGCCGUGUAUGGGGCAGCUCUACAGUCAUGCAAAGCUUGUGAUUGCAGCAUCAGGAGCUAAUGACUCUAGCGAAGGCUGUUUCCUUCCGCGCCUGGCUCCCGAACCAUCUAUAGACAUACCAUACAUGAAGGAAGACAGCAAUCGUCACGGGCACGUUCAGCUAAACAUGCGUCGGUCCAUGGUUACGUCCCAAGACGGAACACCUGUGAUGCCAAUCUACGAGCCUUUAGGGGGAAGAGGCUGGGUACUCCAAGAAUGGGCACUCGCACGUCGCCUCGUGCACUUCACUACCAGGGGCAUGAUGUGGUCCUGUCGUGCGCUGGAUAACUGGGCGAUGUGCGAAGACGGCCAUGUGGUGGCUGGGACUACGGCGCGCGACUGGGAUGAUGUCAUUGAAGCGUACUCUCUGAGAAAGCUCACGUACCUGUCAGAUAAGCUUGCCGCCGUUGAAGGUAUAGCUCGCAAAAUGCAGCACCGGCGACAAGGCCAGUACAUCAGCGGCCUGUGGACCGGGGAGAUGCCGCAACAGUUAUUCUGGGUCGCGCGGAUGACCACCAGACCUAGAGAACUGCAGAGGUUUCCAAGUUGGUCCUGGGCAUCAACGCAAGGACCUUGCGUCAUGCUGGUCCCUAAGAGAAUACGGUGGGAUAAAAUCACCAUUCGCUCAACCGUUGAGGCCAAGGACUCCUCAACUUUGAUGAUCCAGUGCCAGGCUGGAAAGCAUGCUAUUGGGAAAGACAGCCUCACCUUGCGCGAGGCGACGCAGCUACCACCAUUCGUAGAAUUCGUAGGCGCCAACACAAUCCCAAACUUGUGGAUCUUGCUGAUCGGUGGUUUGGCUCACCGUCUCCUGGACCCCGAAACCCAGAAGACUGUCGGUCUUGCAGUCCUCGAUGACAAUGAAGAUUCGAAGGACGACGACACCCUUUGUACAAGCUUACUCCUCAUGGAGGAGAUCUCUGACACUUACACGCAAGGCCGAUUGCCAAUUUUUCUCGCUCUUCUUGUUCGGGAGGCUGGUGCGCCUGUGCAUACUUAUCAGCGGAUAGGUGUUGCAUUCAUUGUCGAUGAAAAGGUGUUCGAAACCCAGAAUGAAAAGAAAUUUACUCUCAUAUGA